CCUUACUUCUUUUACUCUUUCCAUACCUUAAUUCUCCCCUUUUCUACUCUGAACUACGCGAUAAGUCCUUUACAUAUUAUCCCUCAGUGAAUCAUAUCCUGGGUUCAGCCGACGUCUUUAUCUCACUGCUCUUCUGUCCUGCUUUUCAAGUCGCACGUUCAACUCAUUCGAGGGGCUCCGCUCCUCGGUAUACUUAACGCGUGUGGAUAGAGGCUUGAUUACAAGAGACGUUACAUCGCUCCUACCCUACAACUACGUUGAGGUACGAGUGCCACACCGGAAUCGAUAAUUUCUGGGUCGCAGGUACCUAGUGAGCACAACCAGGCAACGGAAGGGAAAAAAGUCAACAGCUUUCUCGGGAGAUCACGCUACGCAUACUUCGGAUUCUUGCACUCCUGACCGCGGACUCAGCUCACCGGCGCAUGAUGGCGCCGACCGCGGGGGAAGACAAGCUUGCCUCAUCUGGCGCGGAACCGAGCAUGGAAGGAGAUCUACCUGAGAGCGAUAGCUUUCUCGAUUCCCCAAUCUCGAGCCAGCACGACUCUGACGAGGAUUUCAGUGUCAUAGGAGUACUCGCUGAGGCCUUUGAUGGGAAUGAACGGCUCUACCUCAUACAAUGGGCAGGGUACGGAGAGGAGGAUUGGUCUUGGGAGCCAGAGGAGAACCUCAGUGCUGAAUGUCUGAAAGAAUGGGCGCAAACCAACGCAAAGCAAAGAAGAGGAGAGGCCAAGCCUUUUGAUGUAGAGCAAUGGGAACGCAACUGCCAGGCUAUCAGGAAGAGGAGGCUCGAGCAACACAAACGACGCAACUGGGCACGCAAACGUCGAGGCAUGGAAUUAAACCUCUACCCUGGGGAGACCCUUGCCGAUUACGAUGACAGCGGCGAAGCUGCUGCCGACGAUGAUUUUAACGAUCUCCUCCCUCCACCACGGCCUAUUGGACAAGCGUCUGAGCCUGGCAAAGCCACCGCGCCUUCACCGGCUCCUACCUCCACGUCAAUUGGCAACCUCGACGAGUCCAGGACGCAUUUUCUCUCCAGAGAAGGACCUCCAAGCAAUCUCAGGCGUCGGCCAGUUGUCGAUCAAACUCGGAAUUUGGAGAAUCAGCCCACUGGGUCAAGCAGGGAACGCUCUGGACAAAGACCUCAACUCUCCAUCACGACGAGUAGCCAUCGAGGGGCGGCGAAAACCUCGACUUCUGUCGCGGCCGCUCGACAGGCUGGGGAAUCAGCACCGUCAUUGGAUCGUCCCAAGCCGAGCAGCAUGGUCAAUGCACUCCUCACAGCUAAAAAGUCCAGCAAUGCUGACAAGAAACAACCAGCUCGCUCCAGCACGGGCAAUGUUUUUGUCAGCGGCAAGCCGAACCCAACUCGUCAACGGCUCGAAAACACGGCGGAUUCGGCAAAAGCUCCAAGAAUGUACCCCAGCCGCUCCAUCAUCCGGAGGGCUGAAUUAAGAAGUCGGGACUUAGCAGACAGAGCGCCAGCAACGCCGGUCGGCCUAGGACUCUUUCCCAUCAGCACCAGCACGGGACCCAUGCCUCGUCCUUUCACCACAGCCACCGAUACUAUAUCCCCUUCCCAGGCGGUUCCCGAGACGAGCCCCAUAACGCCUUUAAAUGAACCCGUCAAGUCCGCGCUCAGAAGGCCCCGCGACUCUAGCCCUACUGGCAGUGAUGUGCAGGAGAUAACGUCUCGCAAGAAGCCAAGAGUCCGCUUCACUGAAGAGGUAAUCGAUGUCUCGGAGUCUCCACGUGCUUCGCCCGUUGGAUGUGCUCCUCCUGGCGUGGAUCAGGGCCUCGGACCUGGGCAGGAAAUGGAAAGGGAAAAUGGAAUUACAAAGCCGGCCACCGCUCAGACGCCUCACCACCUCUCUUUUCGGGAUGAUCGGCCUCGACGUGAGACUCGGAGCCUCAACAAAAAAGUGUCGUUGGGCCCAGUCGGGUCCCAGGGCAUCGACGUGGCUUUUGACGGUAUACCUCUGCCAUCAAAACCAUGGGUGCCCUCCUUUGCCAACGCGGCUUUGGUAUUCUCAUUCGCCUGCACUGCCAAGGACUUUAUAUUCCAGUGCGGCGCAGUACCACACCUCAGAGCGAGGACACUUGCCUGGGGAAGUGUCAUAUCACAAGCGCAAGCAGGUGCUUUGGACAUUGCCGCCGACCAGCUGAGGCUGGGAUCCUUCGGUCUGGUUAGUUUCCAUGCCGAUUUCUAUGUCAUUGUAUAUCCGGCUAGGUGCGAAGAUUGGAAGCAUGGGGUCCCCGAAGCAGAACCGGUCAGCCCAGCGGGCGUGGCAUUAAAGUAUCUGGUGCUCCAGUCAAGCUCCCCCGAGGCAGCCCGAGGGCUCGCAAUCCCGCCCGCGAUUAGUCACAAUAGCGCAAUGCCGACCGGCAACACCUCGCGCGUGAAGGCAAUGAGCCUCUUCUUCGGUCUAAGUUAUGAUCAACUUCUUCCAACAGAGCUGAGGUCGAGGCACCGAACUCACAACUUCUUCCUAACUUUUCCUCCUUCCAAGCGCCUGACUUACAAUUUCCUGUGUGCUUGGUUAAGAGACGCGAACCCGGCCUGCCGGAUAUUCUCUUCUCUUGAUCCAGGUGAUUGGCGUGCGUUUAUUGAUAUAAGUGCGGAAGAGGGCGGCUGCAUCAUCAUCCACGAGACCGCGACAUCCACAGUCAGAUUGUUUCCAAAUGUUGCCGAGCUUCUUUUCGACAAAGAUAAUUCGUCUUUUUCCUUCUGGAGUUUUGAAGAGGGCUUGCAGAAGUUUCCGUACGGCCUGUCACUGAGUGCACAUGCGGUAUAUCCUGGACAGUUCAGGUUCUCGAGGCUCUUUCCUCAUGGGAGCGCUAUCUUGUUCACUCCCAGCUUUCUCAUCGCCCAACCCUGUAGAGCCCGGCAACUGCUCUCCAGGUAUUAUGCUAGGCUUGACGAGGCAAAAUUCUAUGUCAAGCUCGCCGUCAGCGCAAACAUUUGCAGCUUCUUAGAGGAGCUGGCAUUAGAGAAGCUGGAGGAACACCGCGCGCUGGUGAAACGACACACACAAAUGGAUACGUCCAAAGCCGAAGCUAAAGAACGGCUAUUAGGGCUCACCAAGGAGGACUGCACUGCUAGAUUCGAAUUGCUAGCAGUGACGCGGAGAUUGAUGGACAUACAGAACAAUAAGGCGGGGCGAGAGCCGUUCAUCCUUGUCGACAAGAGCAUCGAUGCAAACGACGAACAAAGCAUAGUGAACUGGUUUGGCUGGUGGUCCCAGACCCAUCUCGAUCUGUUCCGCAUGUUCUAUGUUUUGGGCUCUCACGACGAGGACAACGGUCGAGCUGUACACCGUGUCCCUAUCCCGCGAUACGUCCCCGGCACAACAGAUGACCCUGAUGUCGCAUUCCAUGGGGCAACACAGACGGUCGAUUCUUCCUCUUCUCCUGCCGUUGUCGGUUUCCUGAGCACAAUAGUCCGAAAUGGAGAUGCUGACAGCUUCCACUGCUUCCUCAGGGAGCUUUCUAAUGCGCCACCUUACUUCAUGAGACUCUACGCAUAUGCAGUUUCUUACUUCCAGAAUCCAGUUGAGAUGGCCGAUCAUUUCGGCGACCUGAAAAUGGAGUUCGAAUCGUACAGAAGUUGGUUCAAUUAUGCGUGGUCUUUCGGCCGAGGGUUCAACACGUAUAUCGGACUCUUUUAUACCAUCGAAACGGCGUGGGACCCGAAACGGUUCAAGAAGAACGAGCUUCCUAUGCGUCAUCCCUGGAUUGCAGUCUACAGAGUUCAAAACCCGCACUUCGCGAAGCGCAGGGCGACGGAACUUAUCAUCUGGGAUACCGAUGCACCUCGGCGGUUCCCGGGGAGCAGUACGCCUCAUAGAUCAAAGCUGAUCCCCGCGCAACAGGCCUUGAUCGAGUUCCUGGAGAACAAGGGGUCCGAGAAGAACCCGGAGCUGCCUCUUGAACGGGUCUGGUUAGGCGGUUACCAGUCUCCCUCGGUUGGCAAUCCUUCUGCCAUUGACGAAACCCUCGAGAUGUUGCAAGCGCUUGUGGGCGACGUAAGACGAUGGCUUCCGGCUCCCGAGAUCCACAUGCAUGAGCGCGGCUACAAGAUGGUCGAACUAACAGGCCACGACACAACCACUGGUUCUGAUCGAAUGAACCUGGAUUCGCCGGCCCCUAAUGACCCAGCGCACCCAGACCCCGAUGCCGGAAAGGACGCCAAGAUCGUCUUCCACCCACCGAGAAGCAAUGGCACUACAGGGGCCAAGAGGACUGAAUGCAGGAACGCGCUGUUUUUGGAAGCCACGGAAUUGCGUAGCAGAGAAAAAACCGCGAAAAGAAUGUCAUUCAAGUUCCCCACAACGCUCAAGUGGUAUAUGCUUCAGAAGGCGGAAGGUCGUCACUUUGAGCAUAUCCGUUUCGAAACAUGGGAGGGCAUUUUUAACGCACUGGCGAUGAAUGGGGGUCGCACCGGUUCUGGACCGGCGGGUGUUGCAGCGUCGGCUACAUCGUCAGUUGCAUCGUCAGGGACCUCAAGAUAAGCUAUGUACCUUGAACCAGCGCAACGACGGACAAGACUGAGGUGUUGGAGAAAUAUAUUUAGGGCCACGCACAAUUCCUGGCCAGGCCUUGAGGAUAACUAUGUAGGAUAAACCUGUCACAUGACAUGACUGGACUGGCGCUCUGAGACUCGAGAAGCCGCCGCGUGGGGCGUUUGCUUGUGAGAGGUGGAGCUUGAUGUAGCGAGUAUGCCCUGGUCAACUUCAGCAAGGGUUACUAGUCGUUGUCUUACGGUCGUCGCUGUAGCUAUAGUUAUCAAGUAAACAUCUUUGAGCCUCUCGCGACGCUAUCUUGGAGAAUAUACAACCAACACAGGUCACC